AUGCAAAUGCGAGAGACAAAUGUAAAAUUUUACUUAGUUGGUAACGUAGUAGCCAAUACCAUGUCGAACACAAGAAUACCUUCUCCAGCAAGAUCUCACACUGGUAUGACACCAAGAAAACACAAAUCGCUAAUUAGAAGAAGUCGUAGUGUAGCAUCACCAAGAUCAACAUCAUCCACACCUUUAACAACUAUCAUACAAGAUGCAUUCCAGAUGUCUCCAUUGCCGCAACGGAAGUCAAUAUUACCUGAUGACACCGAUGUACAAGUGCCUUUACGCAAAAGUUGGUGGAAAAAUCUUGAUGAAAAUUCCAGAGAUAUGACAGAAUUACUCCAAAAUGCUGAUCCACCUGAAGCCAAUAUUGUAUGUGAUGAUGUAGAAAUGGAACCGCCAAGCCAAGACCAGAAUUUUUCCAUUGAUAUACCAGAUAGCAGUGAUGGAGAAUCUAUCAACAGUAUUAUAAUUCCUCAAAGAAAACUCUUUCCAUAUAAAGAUACCACUAAACAGAAAUAUAUAGAAAACUAUAAACAAAUUAUUCAACUAGAUAAAACAAAAGCAUCUAAAAGUAGCACUGAGUUGGAACAAGAUAUUAAUAUCGCACCAAGAAGUUUAUUCAAUCAAGUAAAGCAAAAGAAUACAAUGAAGCCAAUAUUUCCAUCUUCUUUACUCAAUAAAAUGUGCGCUAGCUCUGCUUUGGAGACAAGUGUUGAAUUACCAAUGGAAGCAAAGACCCGCAAUUUAUUUGGCAACAAACCCAGUAACAAACGUAAAAGCACAUUUAUCAAUGUUGUUGUUUCGGACAAUGAGGAUGAAAGCAACCAUAGCCAAUUAAAAGUAUUUGACUUUAAAAGGAAAUCUAUUCCUAAGCCAGGUAGAAUUUCUAUGAAUUCCCUCCAUUCAAGUGUAUUUGAUAACAUAGAAGAAGAUUGGGAUCAUCUACCAUCUUCCACUAUGAUAGGACAACAUUCAGAAGAUGAAAGUACGCCAAAGCGAAGAAAAAGUAGUUCAGUAUCCCAGGAAAAAAGAAACAAUUCAAUGAAUAAAGAAAAUAGUAUGGACAACACACUUGUAGAUAAUGAAAGCGACAUUGAACAACAACAAAGUAAAACGCAAGUACAAAAGUCGUACCAGGAGGAAACAUUAAAAAAUACUAGUGAAAAUUUCAUCAAUAAUCAAAAUUAUAUUGAACAUAACAAAGUGACAAACAAGGAUAGAAGUGACAUAACUCUAAAUACUUCUAAAUCUAAACAACACAAUAGUAAAGUAAUGCCUGAAGAUAAUGUUCCUGUAGCUAAAGAAAACUCGGAAGUAAUAGAAAAGCAGACUACUAUAAAUAAUGGUUGUGAAAAAAUUUUAGACCUGCACAAAAAUAUAGGAAACAAAACAGACGAUAAAAGUUUAAUAAAUGAAUUUUCUAAUGUAAAUAGUCAAGAAUUAAAUAAGGAUGAAAAUAUCUCAUGCCACAAUCAAGUUGAUGUUGAUUUAAGAAAGGAAAAACAUGAAAGUUCUGGUCAAUCUAUUUUAAGGAAUAAUGUUAAUACUUCCAAAAAUGAAAGAAGAAUGAAUAACUCCAUUACUGAAUUUACUAAAGACAUAAGUAUGCAAAGUAUCACUAAGAAGCAAAAUAAUUAUAUAGAGACACAUAGUAGCAGCAACUUACUAAACGAACAGAAUAUUGUAGAACAACAACGCGAAGAAUCCGGAGAGUUUAUGAUGAAUGCUAUAUUGGAGAGCGAAAACGAGAGUGAAGUAGAAACAAGGCAAAGUGACAUUGACAGUGAGCCGGAAAUUGAAGAGGAACAAGAUGAAAGUGAAAGGAGUAUGAUUGAACAUGAAACCGAAAUUGAUCAAUCAGUAAGUGGCACUCAACAAGAAGAUAGUAGUUGUGACCAACAAGAGAGUGACAUAGAACUAGACAUUGCUGAACAUAUUGAAAAUAGUAACAAUGCUAAUAAAAGUAAAACGGAUGAGCACAGAAAAUCAUUUAAUUCGUUACACAACACAAAAACCAAUGAAACAUUAACCCAUCCAGAAACCGUUCUAAACUGUAAAAAAGAUGAAGUUCUGGUAGAAGCAUCAUUUGUAGCGGAAAGGCGCAAUACAAGUAUAAGAAAAACUAAAAGCGUAAUUAUUAAUCGUGAAUCACUUCAAGAAAGCACCAGACUUUCUGAAGACGCCAUUGACUCAAGCGCUAAUAACUCUGGCUGGGACUCUCACAGGACAACAAGAAAAACAUUGAGACAGACUUUUGGAAAAGACUUCACGCCACGAAAAUCCCUGCGUACACUUGUGAUGGAGAAAUCCGCGAAAAAGCAGUCUAAUGUAUUAGAAAAUGCUAUGGACACAUCAGAAGUUUCGGUAAAUACAGACCAAAAUGCUAGAGCUGCUAAGAGUAUAGGCAGAGAUAAUCUAGUAGAUGUAUUCGAGACUAAUAAUUUUGACGCUGGCGUUGAUAAUAAUUUAACAGAAAGAGCUAAAAAUCAAUCUAAUGUAGCUGACAUGGCAAACAAUACGCAAGAACAAGUCUUACAAAAUAAUCAAGCCAAUACUAGCCGUGAGGUUCUAAAUGAAAUAAGUAAAGGCAACAGUAAUAUAAGUGACAGUAAUCAUAAUUCUAAAAAUGAUAAAACUUCUAAUCAAUCCAAUUCGAAUGUUAGUGAUGAGAUGGUUAGUCUUAGUGAGAAUAAUGAAAGCAAACAAUCUGUUAAUGAGGAAAAUAUAGAUUCUAACAUCGAUUAUGAACAAGACAAGAGUAACUUAAAUAAUAGUCAAGGUAGUGUAACAGAAACAAAUAACAAAAAUGAAUCGGCAAGAGAUGUUAAUGAAGAAGCUGUAGAAACCCAUGAUGAAGAUGAACAAGACAAUAAUGAUGAAGAAUUAGUGGAAACAAAUGAUGAAGACGCAAAUGAAGUAACAUUGGAAAGUGAGGAUGAAGGUGCCAACCAAGAAAAUGAUGAUGAAGUGGAAAUGUUAGAAAACAUUGAAAAUGACAAUGUAAGCCACCAAGAAGAUGAUGACCAUAACAUUAGCUAUGAUAGUGAUGACGCCCAAGGCCGUAAUAACGAGAGCGAGAUAGAAGCGGAAAGCAAUAAUUGUGAAGAUAGUGAAAAUCAUGAUAAUGCUGAAAUGGUGCAAACAUAUGAGAAUGAUGACGUCGAUGACUCUAAUGACAGUGAGAAUGAUAGUGAUCAUGAAGACGUUGAACGCAAUCCCCUACAUGAUAAUAAGGAAAUCAGCAAGAUGCCUCAGGCUAAUUCCACAGAAUACCCUAUGUUUGAAAGCAUGGCUGAGCCAACACUAAGUGCAGGAAAAUCGCGUAAGAAAAAACAGUCUACGCAACAAAUUCUAGAAGAAAUAAAAGCACAGAAUAUGGAGAGGAAACGUAAAAUUGAUGCAACAUUAGACAACUGGCUUAAAACAUCCUCAAAACCACAAAACACAAACUACUUUAAAGCACCACAGAAGCCAGCCGUACGAAUAGCUAAACAAAGCAAGCCAAAGGCCAAGCCCAAAAGUAAUUUGGUAUUUAGUCUGCCAGAUGAAUUUCACGCGGACCUCAAAUAUAAGCCACCGAAGAGGUAUCAACCUAAAAAUGCAUCCUGGGCUACUAAACGGCUCUACUCAUUCCUGGAAACCAAAUUGGAACCUAAGUACGACUUCAAAGCGCGUGUCAGGGCUGAGAAGCUGGUGGAAACGAUUUACGACUUCACGAUGGAAAUUCGGAGAGUCGGUGUCGCCCCAGCGCCCUCUGUUGCCAAACUCAAACACGAGAUGGCGCGCUUGAAUGUCGCCACGACUCAUUUCGACUUCUACGAGUUCAUUAAAAGUUUUAUGCCUAAAGACGUGCGUAAUAAGGUGGUUCCCAGCCUCAUCAAUAACAUCGCGUUGCCAAAACCGAGCGUGUACGCUUCUAUAAUUGACUAA